AUGGGGUUUUCGUUGACCCCGAUGAAGACGUCGACCAGGCUUUUGUGGAGUUCCAGUUUCUUCCGCCACAAGGUCCACAUCUGA